GCUUAUAAGUCCUCAUUUAAAGAGACGAACUGCCGCGCAGCGUGAGUCAGAGCUGAGGACGCUCCCAGCGCUGUCAUGAAAAGUCAACAUUUUAGGGAUUUUUUCUGGAAUCCGGACCUGACCAGCACCGGUGGCUACGAUGUCAUUAUUCUGUAUCUUAACGACGGCAAGAGGACGUGCAAAGAGGUGGAGGAUUUCAUUAAAGCCAGGGCAUCGAUUGAAGAGAAGUACGCAAAAGAUCUCCUGGGUUUGUCCAAAAAAGUGUGUGGACACAAUGAAAUGAACACACUGAAAAGAUCCCUGGAUGUCUUCAAACUGCACACUGAACGUGUGGGUUUGUCACACCUACAGCUGGCACAGAGCAUGAGAGAGGAAGCAAAGAAACUUGAAGAAUUCAGAGAAAAGCAGAGAGAAGUCAGAAAAAGGAUUGAACAACAAAUGGACGCGCUGCACAAACAGAAGGCCUCACAGUUCAAAAAGACAAUGGAUUCAAAGAAGACGUAUGAGCAGAGGUGCAGAGAUAAAGAAGAAGCGGAUCAGAACGUGAACAGAAACACCAACACAAACAACACCAGGCAUACGGACAAGCUCAACGCUAAAGCACAGCAAGCGAAACUGCACGCAGACGAAGCAGACAGAUUAUACCAGCAUACUGUGACCACACUUGGCAGGGUUAGAGAUGAUUGGCUGAAGGAACACAUCAAGGCCUGUGAGGCUUUUGAAAGUCAAUCAAUUGAACGCAUCAACUUCCUGAGAAACUCCAUAUGGACUCACUUGAACCAACUCUCCCAGCAGUGUGUGACCAGCGACGAGCUGUAUGAGGAAGUGAGAAAGUCUCUGGAACAGUGUGACGUCCAGCAAGACAUUGUACACUUUAUAAACCUGAGGUGGACUGCAGAGAAACCACCAGCUCCAGUCUUGUAUGAGAACUUCUACAGCGGUCAGUCUUCUUCAGCUGGACCAUCACAUUAUCCAGUGCCUCUACCAAGCAGAAGGGGCCAGUUACCUGAUCCAUUACAGAACACAGAGGAUGAUACAAUAUACUCUGUGGUGAAGGAUGACUGCUACAGUGUUAUUCAUUACUAACACACACACAAUGAUUGACGCUGUACCUGGAGGUCACGUGCAACUCAAUCAGUCUCUCCUUUGUUUCCUGUGUAAUAACAGGGUGAAAUGAGUGUCAUUACUACAUCUAUACAUAUGCUGUGUACAUAAUU